AUGGAACGAAUUGUUUCGGCACUUACUCGACCAUCGGUCGGAUCAAUUCGAUGUAUGCCUCAGUUCAAACUAGCUACUCGUGGUGGGCAUCGAGCUCAUCCAGAAUCAUUUCUUAAUGCAUCUUCAUCAAAUUAUAUUGAUGAAAUGUAUGAGCAAUGGUCGAAAGAUCCUCAAUCAGUACAUAAAUCGUGGGAUCUUUAUUUUCGUCAUCAACAUUAUCAACGACCUCCAACAUUAGGUGUAACUCCGCCACCACCAGCUCUGUUACAAUAUUAUCAAAUGACAGGUUUCACUCAACAACAACCAGUGUCUAUGGUACCUCAACAUCAAUCCCAUUUACAACCAAUGAGUGGAUAUGGCACUGGUGUUCAAGAGCUGCCACUUGACAGAAAAGCUAUACAAGAUCAUAUGGCCGUACAAGCACUUGUACGAUCUUAUCAGAUGCGUGGUCACAAAAUAGCACAACUUGAUCCACUUGGUCUUUCAUCGGUUGAUCUUGAUUCCGAGAGACCCAAUGAUUUAACAUAUACAUUUUAUAAUUUUACUAAACUGGAUCCACUGGGUAUACUUGACGCUGAUCUAUCCGGCGAACAACCUGAAGGGUUAAAACUAUCUUCACAUAAUUUGAGUGAAGCUGAUCUUGAUCGAAAAUUUGCUCUUCCGCCUAUAACAUUCAUAGGUGGUCAAGAAAAAGAACUUACGUUACGUGAAAUUAUACGACGAUUAGAAGAUGUUUACUGUCAAACGAUUGGUCUUGAAUAUAUGUAUAUAAAUAGCUAUGAAAAAUGCAAUUGGAUUCGACAAAGAUUUGAAGAUCAAGCACAAAGAAAACUCGGUGUUAAAGAUAUUGAACGUGCUGUAAAACGACUCAUUCGAGCAUCAAAAUUUGAAGAUUAUUUAAAAAGAAAAUGGAGUUCAGAAAAACGUUUUGGUCUGGAAGGAUGUGAAGCUUUAAUACCAGCAAUGAAGAUGGUUAUUGAUACAGCUGCUAAUCAAGGUGUUGAUACUGUCAUUAUGGGCAUGCCACAUCGUGGUCGUCUUAAUGUACUUGCAAAUGUAACACGUAAACCAUUAGAAGAAUUAUUUUGUCAAUUUGAUCCAAAAUUAGAACCAUCCGAUGUUUCGGGAAGUGGUGACGUUAAAUAUCAUUUGGGUACAUGCAUUGAACGUUUAAAUCGCGCAUCAAACACCAAUGUAAAAUUUGCUCUUGUUGCCAAUCCAUCACAUUUAGAAGCUGUUGAUCCUGUUGUGCAAGGCAAAACUCGAGCAGAACAAUUUUAUCGUGGUGAUAAAUUUGGCGAUAAAGCCAUGAGUAUCUUGUUGCAUGGUGAUGCAGCAUUUGCUGGACAAGGUGUUGUCUAUGAAACAUUUCACUUGAGUGAUUUACCAGCUUAUACAACACAUGGUACUAUUCAUAUAAUUUGUAAUAAUCAAAUUGGUUUUACUACCGAUCCACGUAUGGCUCGUUCAAGUCCUUAUUGUACUGAUGUAGCACGAGUCGUUAAUGCUCCUAUAUUUCACGUGAAUGCUGAUGAUGUUGACUCAGUUUUACAUGUUGCUAAAGUAGCUGCAGAAUGGCGAUGUACAUUUAAAAAAGAUGUCGUAAUUGAUCUGGUUUGCUACCGUCGACACGGUCAUAACGAAACUGAUGAACCCAUGUAUACCCAACCAUUCAUGUAUAAAAAGAUUCAUAAACAACCUCCAGUUUUGAAAAAAUGGGUUGAUAAAUUGAUCAGCGAAGGAACUAUUAAACGUGAAUGGUAUGAAGCUGAAGAAGCGAAGUAUGACAAGAUUCUCAAUGAUGCUUUCACUAAUUCGAAGAGUCCAGCCUAUGCUAAAGAUAAAAAUUGGCUUGACUCGCCAUGGAAAAAUUUCUUCACUGGAAAAGGUCCUUUUCCAUAUCCACAAACUGGAGUAGCCGAAGAAACAUUACAAAACAUUGCUGUUAAAACUCAUCAAUUACCCGACGGUUUCGUUCUUCAUCGCGGUCUGACACGUAUUUUUGAAGGUCGUAAUAAGUUGAUACAAGCGCGCGAAGUCGACUGGGCAUUAGCCGAAUCUAUGGCCAUAGGUAGUGUUUUAUUAGAUGGUCACCAUGUUCGCCUUAGUGGACAAGAUGUUGAACGUGGAACAUUUUCUCAUCGUCAUCAUGUUUUACAUGAUCAAGAAAAAGAUCUUGUUUUUCAUGUACCUAUGAAUUAUCUUAGUCCAACACAAGGUCAUUAUACAAUAUGUAACAGUUCAUUAUCAGAAUUUGCUGCCUUGGGUUUUGAACUUGGAUAUUCAACAACAAAUCCAAAUUCACUUGUAAUUUGGGAAGCACAGUUUGGUGAUUUCGCCAACAAUGCUCAAUGCAUCAUAGAUCAAUUUGUUUGUAGUGGACAAGCUAAAUGGGUUCGUCAAAGUGGUAUUGUUCUUCUUUUACCUCAUGGAUAUGAAGGACAAGGACCAGAGCAUUCAUCAGCACGAUUAGAACGAUUUUUACAGCUAUGCGAUGAAGAUGAAGAUCGUGUAACUGAAAUAAAAGAAAGAAAACAUAUUCAACAUACCGAUCUGGCUAUGUAUCAAUUAGAUGAUACCAACUGGAUAGUAGCAAAUAUAACAACACCAGCUAAUUUCUUUCAUAUUCUUCGACGUCAAUUAGCUUUACCAUUUCGUAAACCAUUGAUUGUUAUGUCACCAAAGUCAAUAUUUCGAUUACCUGCAUGUCGUUCAACAUUCGAUGAAAUGCUACCUGGUACAAGUUUUAAACGUAUCUAUCCAGAAGAAGGUGUUGCAUCAGAAAAUCCAGCUGAUGUUAAAAAGAUUAUAUUCUGUUCUGGAAAAACUUAUUACGACUUAGUUGAUGCACGUAAAAACAAUCAACUUGAGUCUCAAGUAGCUAUUGUACGUAUUGAACAAAUAUGUCCUUUUCCAUUCGAUUUAAUUCGUGAAGAACUUGAAAAAUAUAAAAAUGCAAAAUUAUGUUUUGCACAAGAAGAACACAAAAACAUGGGAUCAUAUUCAUUCUGUAAACCACGUCUUGCUUGCCUUCUCCGGUCUAUGAACGACGAACGAGCUGCUGAAGUCAAUUAUGCGGGAAGAGAUUCAGCAGCGUCAACAGCAGCUGGUAUCAAAUCAAGUCAUUAUAUGGAACAGAAGACAUAUAUGAAAGAAGCCAUGGCUUUUUAA